AUGGCUGCCGCUGACCGAAAAGCAUACACGGACGCCGUCAAGUGUCUAAUGGCUCAGCCAUCUCAACUCGACCCAGUUCAAUAUCCCGCUGCCCUCAAUAGAUAUAUGGACUAUGCCGUCAUUCACGUAAAUCGUACACAAUAUGUCCAUCUCGACGCAUUCUUCUUGACCUGGCAUCGCUACUUCCUCUGGAUUUACGAGACAGAUCUGCAACAAACCUGUGGCUAUACCGGGGCAUUCCCUUACUGGAACUUCGCCGCCACGGCUUCUGACCCACACGCCUUCCCUAUCUUCGAUGGCUCCGAGUAUUCCAUGUCCGGCGACGGAAUCUACAACAACACAGGUCCCAUCGUCCUCGGCUCAGCAUUGACUAUCCCUCAUGGUACAGGCGGUGGGUGCGUCACUACCGGGCCCUUCGCAAACAUGAUUGCGCCGCUAAAAUUCAUCGACCCAACGCAACUCACCACCGGCACGCUACCAGCUGAUGCUUUCUCCUACAACGAGAUCUGCCUCAUGCGCGACCUAAACGCCUACGUCUCCCAGACGUAUACCAACAACGCCGAACUCGUCGCCGCCACGCACGCAAUCAACGCUACAGACUUCGAGCUCCUCCUCAACGGCGUCAUCGGCUCCGCUUCUCUAGGCAUCCACUCGGGCGCGCAUUUCUCCAUUGGGGGCCAGAUGGACAGUAUCCACGUCUCCGCCCAGGAUCCCGUAUGGUAUCCUCUACACACCAUGAUCGACAAGGUCUAUUGGAGUUGGCAGACCAAUUAUCCCGAGCGGGCGGAUCAGUUGGACGGGACAACGGGGACAGCGCUGAACACACCGCCGUCGCCGGUAGUCACGCUGGACUCGAUCGAACCGGAUUGGGGCUACUUCCAAUUGGAACCCAUCACGGUGAGAGAGUUGAUCAGCACGACCGGGGGCCCGUUCUGCUAUCAAUAUGAUAAUGUCAUUUCGUAA